AUGGCAGAAGAAAAAUGCCCCGUGGACCACACCAAACGUGGCGAGUGGAUGCAAAAAAUGUCGGGCUCGCCUCCUGUAGACGAUCAGCCUAAAUGUCCCGUGGACCAUUCGGCCCGGUCUCAGUGGCUCGGUAGCGUUUCUGUCACAGCCAAAACUUCAUCUGAGGCUGUUGAAGUGGCCCAGGGUGCUGAAACCAGUGUUGGUGCUGUGUCCGAUACUCAGGAUACUGGCUGUGAUUCGUCCAAAAUCUCUGAUGCUUCGCAAAUUGCCUCAGAUCUGUCGUUACCCACGGAAAGAGAAAUCAGUUCCAUCCCACGGACAGAUGCUCCGUCCAACUGGAUAUAUCCGUCACAGAAACAGUUCUAUGAUGCCAUGAAAAGAAAGAAGUGGAACCCAGAGGCUCAGGACAUGCUGACGGUAGUUCCCAUCCACAACCACGUCAAUGAGCUUGCGUGGAAAAACAUCUUGAACUGGGAGCGCACCCAUGUGGAAGAGAGCAACCAAAAGUGCGGAGGUAUUUCAUUGACCAGUUUCAAAGGAGAUCUGAAGAAGUUGACACCCCGCGCGUGGUUCAAGUGGGCUGUUUUGGGGUUGGACAAGCCGUUUGACAGACAUGACUGGGUGAUCAGCAGAUGUGGCUUGGAGGUGCCAUAUGUGAUUGAUUUCUACAGCGCAGGGGCCAGUGGUGUUAUUGUAGAUGUGAGACCAAAAUUGAAUUCUUGGGAGGGGUUGAAGUUGAGAGUGGGCCGGGCCUUGGGCUGGGCAUGA